CCCUGGUGCGCCCUGACUGCCGUCCGGGCUGAUCCUCUUUCUCCCUCGCAGGAUCUGGAAGAGCAGCCCCGAGGACCAGCGUGGCCAGAGAUUGAGCGUCCCCAGGAUAGAGGCUGGGGUGCCUCAGACCAGAAGCGGAGAUGGGGAGAAAACUGGACCUGUCCAAGCUCACGGAUGAAGAGGCUGAGCACAUCUGGGGGGUCGUGCAGAGGGACUUCGACCUCCGGAGGAGAGAAGAAGAGAGACUAGAGGAGUUGAGGGGCAGGAUCGAGAAGGAAAGCUCCAAGAGGGAGCUGCUGUCCGACACGGCCCACCUGAAGGACACCCACUGCGCCCGCUGCCUGCGGCCCUACCGGCUCCUCGUGGGCAGCAGGAGGCAGUGCCUGGACUGUGGCCUUUUCACAUGCAAAAGCUGCAGCCAUGUGCACCCCGAGGAGCAAGGCUGGCUCUGUGACCCCUGCCACCUGGCCAGAGUCCUGAAGGUCGGCUCGCUGGAGUGGUACCACAAGCCCCUGAGAGCCCGCUUCAAGCAGUUCGGGAGCGCCAAAGUGAUCCGGUCCCUCUGCGGGCGGCUGCAGGGUGGCGGUGGGCCUGAGCCAAGCCUGGCAGAGAGGAGUGGAGACAGCGAGGAGACAGAUGAGGAUGGGGAACGGGGCACCGAGGCCCAGGCCCGGCCCCCCGGCAGCAGAAAAAAGCGCCUCCUCUCCUUCCGCGACGUGGACUUCGAGGAGGACUUGGACCCCGCCUCCCAGGCCUGCCAUCAGCCCCGGAGCCUGUCCUCAGUCCCUGUGGCUGCGGCCUCCCCGAAGCUCCUCUCAGGAGAGCCCUGCUCAGAGGACGCGGCCUCCCAGGAGGAUGCUGUCCCGGGAGAGGCUCAGGCUGGGGCCUCAGGCUGCCACCCCUGUCCAGAAGAGCAGCCGGACAGCACCUCGCCUACCGGACAGGACGCCCUUGCAGAGCUGCGCCUGCCCGGAGACUCCCCGACGACGACCGCGGGGACGGCUGCUGCGCUAGGGACAAAGCUCAUCAGGAACGAGCAGCCGCCCUCACAGUACCUGGCUGACGUGGACAGCUCUGACGAAGACAGCUCCUGGACCAGCAGGCCGGCUGCCCAGCAGUGCAGACGGAGAGGCCCGGCCGCAGCUCAGAGUCAGAUCCUCCAGCUGAGUAAGCGUGUGGCGGCCGUGGAGCACCUGCUGGUCCGCCUGGAGAACACGGUCGUGCCUCCCCCAGCCAAGGGUCUAGCUGCACACACAGAGGCGGACAGAGAGGAGGAGGUCCUGAGGAGGAAGCUCGAGGAGCUGACCAGAAACAUCAGCGACCAGGGCACCUCAUCCGAGGAGGAGGGGGUUGAGGAAGAAGAGGCCCAGCUGGAUGGGGCCACACCCACCAGGGUGCUCCCCAGGGCAGCCCCAGAGGUGUGCACAGCCAUAGAUGCCGAGGAAAGGAGCCCCAGAAAUCCCGUCCCGUCCAGCAGGACCACGGAUGAGGAGCUGUCGGAGCUGGAGGACAGAGUGGCCAUGACAGCCUCCGAAGUUCAGCAGACGGAGAGUGAGGUUUCAGACAUUGAGUCCAGGAUCGCAGCCCUGAGGGCCGCGGGGCUCACGGUGAAGCCCUCAGGGAAGCCCCGGCGGAAGUCGAACCUGCCGAUACUCCUUCCUCGAGUCGCUGGGAAACGUGGCGGGAGUCCAGAGGAUCCGAGCAGAGACCCUGGGAACAAGGGCAAGGUGACGGCGCCCUGCCUUCCCAGGGGGGGGUGCUCCCCCAGAGCUCCAGGCAAGGACGAUGUUUCUUUUGAUCGGAAAUCCGCCUACUGCGGUUCCCUGACACAGAGAAACCCCAACGGGAGGAAAGGCGUGGCCAACCACCUCUUCGCGAAACCCGUGAUGGCUCACCAGCCUUGAACGGCGAGGUCCCUGGGCCCAGGACAGAGCAGCUGGGCAGCCACACUGUGCCUCCGCACAGCCAUUGUCCCCCACGGGCUCUGGGCUUUCUGCUACACAGUCACCCUCCCAGAGAGAAACCAGAAGAAACGUUGGUCAGUGCAGGGCCCGCAGGCCUCAGCGCCUGCCCAGGUCACUGACCAGGGCCAGGCGCCCUGCCAGCCUCUGACCUGUGAGACACAGCUGAGCAGAUGUGCUGUCCUCCAGGACAAGGCUGCCAACCCAGAGGGACACCCAGAAGCCCUCUCCCAUGUGACCCGACCCUCCACUCCUGCUUUCUGUGCUGCUUCGUGCGUGGAGCAGGAGACAGGCCUUGCGGGGAGGCCACGGCCAGGCACGUGUUCCUGCGGGCAUGGAGCGGGGCGAGGGCGGGCGCGUGUCUGUGUGGGGUGGCUGGAAAUUGGGCAUCAGGACAAGUGACUGAAGGCACCACCCACUGAAUGCUGAGGGCGUCCCCCUCGCUCGGCCCCGCUCUGCAGUUCCUCAUGGUCCACAGGCAGGAGAGGCACACUGCUCACCACCAGGACGCCCUCUCGAAGGUGCCACCCUCCUGGCAUCACCCCUGGGGCCUCUGGGGACUGUCCUUGUAGACAACUCGCACUUCAGACCCGGCUUUCUAACUCACAGUGUGAGCACUUGGAAAUUUUCUCAAGAACUCGGAUUUUGGCAACAUCUGCCUCAGAAACGGCUGUGCUGACAAGUUCCCUGGCGCCUGGCCAUUCACCACAGUGCCCAGUCCCCUCUUCCCAUCAGGGGGUGGGCGCCCUCCUAGGGCCCCAGAAGAACCCCACAUUUAGGACACAUGCAAGCCAAAGCCACAAACACUGGUUUUCUCCAGGAAAAAGCGUGGUCAUUCCACUCAGAAACACGCUUACGGAGCCGGCAUUCACCUCCUGUGGCCACCACGACAGAGCACACCGCUGGACAGCAUGUGAUCGGUCACUGUCCUAGGUCAGGGGGCCAGAAGUCCAAACCGCAGCAUGGGCAGGGGCGGCCCCCUCCGAGCUUCCCACCCAGUCCCCUCCUGGCUCCUCCGACUUUGGCGUCCCAGCUCACAGCUGCAGCCCUUGGUCUCUGCCCCACCUUUCCUGUGUCUGUGUCUGUCCCCUUCUCAUAAGGACCCCCAUCAUGGGACUUGGGACCCAUCUCAAUCCACUGUGACUUCCUCAACUGGUUACAUCUGCAAAGAUCCUAUUUCCGUGUGAGGCCGUAUUCUGAGCUUCCACAUGAACCUGAGCUGGAGGGGCACCACCUGACCUCACAGGACACCAGCCUUGCCACACGUUCUCCAUGAUGAGGGUGAAAGCUCAGGCUCUCCAGGUGGGGGACCUGAGAAUAGGGUGGGCUCCUCCUGGGAACCUCCCCAGCCUGGGGCUCUUUUCAUUGCAAGGAGCAGAAAUCCACUCAAACCAGCCCAAGUGAGAUACUGGGGCAGCAUGGGGCUUCCUCCAGCCUUGGGAAGCCCAGCGGCCUGGCCGGGCCCUCACCGCCCGCCACCUCCCUGUGCCCCCUCUGUCCCUCUUGACUGGCAGCCGCUCCUCAGACUUUCAGAGUGCCCCCUGGCUCUUCAGGCCCAGCUCUCCGUGAAGACCCACCCCUACACCACGGCUCCCUGUUCCAGACAACAGAGAGAAGGCACCGGGCCAGCCUCGUCCUCAGAGUGGCCAACCUACAGGUGGCCUGUGCCAGAUGAAGGCCUCUCAGCAGGGGCGGCAGGCUGUGUUGGCCUGCUUGUGUGUUAUGAGGACCCACGUUCGGGUCUAUCAUUCUCCCAUUUCACACAACGGGUUUCAGAAUCAGGACUGCAGAGCCUCCAGGGGCUGAGGCCCUGCCCAGGACACACAUCUGUUGUGAAGAAGUUGCCAGUAAGAGAUGCAGCCAGGGGCCACACCCGGCUCAUGCACCCACUGUGCAUGGCCCACGCUGGGUUGCCCGGCGGCCCCUGAGACCGAGGGCCACAGCUCUCUGGCCCAGUGCAGAAGCUCGUCAGCCCCUACGGAGGUGAAAAUGAAGCACAUUAAAGGGCAGGUGGAGAGUCACCCAGACCAGCCGUUGAAGGGGCUGCAGGGGCUCCAGAGACCGGGCCUGGCUCGGGUGCCUCUGUCCAGCAGUCCUGCCCGGGGCUCCUCCCUUGUCCUCCACCAUCCUUUCUCGUUUCCUCCACAGAUCCUCUUCCUCUGCCCCGUCCUCUCCUCUGCUGCUCCCAGUGGUUCACAGCACCCUGUGCUCUGCUCACACCCUGGUUCAAGUCCAGGCCAAGACCUCCGUUAAAAGCUUCAGACCCAGAGUGGCCCAUGGCUGUCCACCAGGCCCUGAAACACCUGCCCUCCAGUGCCACAUCCUUACCCUGUCCCCAAAGCUCCUCUCUCAGCCACCAACUCUGGGUUUAGAAACCCUCAACCCAGGACCCCCUUCACCCUCACCAUCUCCUCUCAUGUGCUCCUAGCUCCCCUGGUGUCUCCCUGUGCUGGACUUGCUGUCCUCCCUCAGAGUCCCUCAGAGGACCAUUCUGCUCCUGUGUGAUGUUAGAGAAACCUCAGUACCAAACAGACAUUGUGAAAAAGGAAAGUUAAAGGCAACAACAGAUCAAAGAUACACAUAUUCUAAAUAAAAACUCAGUGAAAAAAAUCAAUGAUGUAUUUAAAAAUUGAAUGUAUCUUAACCAAGUAAAAUUCAUUCCGGGAGAGUCAAGAGUUUUUGAUGUUAGAAAAAAAUCUAUUUUUGUGGUAACAAACUAAAUGGGAAAACCACUAAGUCCGUUUCAACCAGUGAGGAAGAGCAUACAAUCACAACAGCCUAGCAAAUUAGGACUAAGAGCAUUUUUGU